AUGCUUUCCAUGCACCGUCAAUCCCUUGCCAAAGGGCUUCCCAAGUAUCUUCCUUGCAGGCUUGCCCAUUUGGCUCCCAUACAAGGCUCCCUUUGUAGCCCUGCUAGUUGGGGCAAGCGAUUUUAUUCUCCUUUAGAAUCGGAACGACCCAAGGAAAUGGGUUGGGAGAAGGAACUUACAACCGAUCGUAUCUUUACUUCCCCCCAAAAGUAUGCUCAAGGACGCAAUAUUUUUGGCCGUUCUUUUACCUAUGUCAAAAGUUGGGCUACGGAUUCCGCGGUCGUCCUUGCCGAUCCCAAUAUCUGGAAAAUUUGUGCUCCCACCAUCGUCAACUCUUUGGAAUCCAAUGGCAUGAAGGUAACCAAACUUAUCUUUGGUGGCGAAUCCAGUUUGAAGGAAAUCCAUCGUUUGCAAGCCGAAUGCCCUUCCGAUUCGCAAAUUGUCAUUGGCGUCGGCGGUGGUAAAACCAUCGACACUGCCAAAUACUUGGCUAACGAAAUGCGUGUUCCUUGCAUUAUCGCUCCUACGACUGCCUCUUCUGAUGCUGCCACUGCUUCUCUUUCCGUCAUUUACACUUCCGAAGGUGAAUUUCAAAAGUACAGCUUUUAUCCCACCAAUCCCAACUUUAUCAUGGUCGAUACCGAUGUCAUUGUUAAAGCACCUGUACGUUUCCUCAUCAGUGGUAUUGGUGAUGCCCUUUCCACGUAUGUAGAAACCGAAAGCGUCCUCCGUUCCCACUCCCUCUCGUUUGCCGGUGGUGUCCCUACCGUCGCUGGUGCUGCUAUCGCUCGCGCUUGCAAGGAAACCAUUGAAAAAUUUGCCGUUGCUGGUAUCCUUUCCAACUUACGUGGUGUUUGCACGGAAGCUUUUGAAAAUACCGUCGAAGCCAACACUUUGCUUUCUGGUUUGGGUUUUGAAAACGGAAAUUUGGCUGCUGCUCAUGCCAUCCAUAACGGUCUUACCACCGCUCAUGGAAACAUCCAUCGCUUGAUGCACGGCGAAAAAGUUGCCUAUGGAACUUUGGCUCAGCUUAUUUUGGAAAACUGGCCUCUCGAAGAUUACUACAAGAUGGUCGCUUUCAUGUCCAAGUGCCAUCUCCCAGUAACUUUGGAAGAACUCGGUAUUCCCUUUGUUACCGAUGAAGAGCUCUUGAUGAUUGGUCGUGCUACCUUACGUCCCGAUGAGAGUAUUCACAACAUGUCCAAAAAAUUUACUCCUCAAGACAUUGCAGAUGCUAUCAAGGCUGUUGACUCUUAUUCCAAAAAAUGGCGCGAGGAGAAUAACUGGACCGAGAGUUUUGAAUUGCCCGCUUCUCGUCACCAUCCCCAUGUAUCUGAUAUCCAUCCUUGA